AUGAAGAAUCAUAUAUACCAAAAGAACGAGGAAUUCGCUCAACAAAAGAGGACGAGUCUCCCGCAAGAGCUCAUCAUCGAGAUACUUUCCCUACUACCUGUCAAGUGUCUGGUUCGUUUUCAGUACGUUUCAAAGUCAUGGUUCGCCUUAAUAAUCAACGACUCAUAUUUCAUCAAGUUGCAUCUCAAACGCUCCAAAGAACGCACCCUCAUUUUAGAGACCGACGAGCCACUGGAUUACCUCAUGGUAAACUUUUCCAUCGAUGAUCGGUUCGGCGAGGCCGUGAAGAUCAAACACCCACUGCACCACUUACCGUCCACGGAGAUUGUAGACUCUUGCAAUGGCCUGGUUUGCAUCGGAAACGACGAUAAUGCUGUCUGUGAGUUUGUGAUAUGGAACCCAUUAAUCAGAAAACACAAAAAAUUACCCUCUAAGCCUAAAGAGAAGUUUGUUUGUGGAGAAUACUUAUCAUUUGGAUACGACCGGGUCAACGACGACUACAAGGUUUUAAGGCUUGUAAAAUUCCAUCAACGGGCCACGCUUGAGCGUGUAAGGGAAGGUAGAAGAGCUUAUUCUCUUGACAUAUACAGUCUCAGAGAACACUCUUGGAGAAUGGUGGAAGAAGAAUGGCCUGUUGAGGAACCGUAUUCUUUAUCAGGCCCGUACAGUUUCUCAAACGGUGCUUUUCAUUGGGUGGCUACUCCAAUAUUUACGAUGGACUUAAAAAAGAAGCAUGUCGCAUUUGAUCUCAGCACUGAGAAAUUUCGAGUGCAUGAGUUUCCCGUUAAUUUUUCUAUCAAAAAGCGUGUCCAUUUUGUGGACCUGGGAGGAUGGCUCUGUGCAGUUUUUGAGGAUCUCUGUGAAGUUUGGGUCAUGAAGGAGUAUGGGGUGAGCAGUAGUUGGACCCUGCUUUAUUGGGUGCAGCCGGCUUUUUCCAACUUGUCACCCUUAGUGUUCUCGCAUGAAGGCGAAAAGGUUCUUACGGGAGAAGUUAUAGAUGAUCAUUGCAUAGAACUCUAUUGGUAUGACAUAAAAAAGAAUACUCGCAAGAUUGUUGAGAUUCAGAAUAUGCCCGAGUAUUUCUUUCUGCCAUACACUUGUGUGGGAAGCACCGUUGUUCUUCUCGAUGCUGACAGUGACAAUUACCUUCAAUAA